GACAAAACGAGAUGUUUUAUGGUUGGAACAUUGAGCAUUUACAUCAACAAAAUCACGCUUAAGUAUGUGAGAACCUAUAAGUACUCUGUAAAAUGACUAUUAUUGCUGUUAUAUAACCGUUGUGAAUUUUGCAGGUCCUCGAAGAUAACGUCAAUACCGCAAGAGAGUUAAAUGCCAUAGCUGGAACCUACAGGGCCUAUUCGGCGAACAGACUUUCAUUUGGAUUGAAUUUUGUUGGGCCAAGUCAUGCUUUUCAAGGAAGCCAUGGGGUGUUUUUCAAAGCAAUCCAGCGGGCAAAGUCUGAGCUGGAGGAAGGAUUAAUACCGGCGGCUGUCGUUGUAUGCAUGAAUUCCAUCCAAACCGCCCGAACUCUGGCCAUUUUAGACGGAAUGGGUCUUGCUGCCCACGACGGAAAGUGCCGACCUUUUGACCAAAGAGCUCAAGGAUACGCUGUGAGCGAUUGCUGUGCGGCGUUUUUCUUGCAAAGAGCGACCGAUGCGCGACGAAAUUGGGCCACCAUAAUCGGCGCCGAUUAUAGAUACUUCGGCAACAAAAAAGGUGGUCUGCUCGAUUUUGACGGACAACCUGCGAAGGAGAUGCUGCGUCAACUCUACGCUGAAUGGAACGUAGACCCUGAAUCUAUAGGGUACAUAGAGGCGGAUGGCUCGGGCAUUAAAGAGCAGGAUCUGGAGGAGGUAGACGUGAUAUCGGAGAUUUUCUGUCAAAACCGAAAGGAGCCUAUGUUGAUUGGGUCUGUGAAAUCGAACAUGGGCCAUGCCCAAUCGGCAGCUUGCGGUGCCGGCAUGGUCAAAGCGCUGAUCGCCCUCAACAAAUCAAGAAUCCCACCAACUAUUCACUGUGAUUCUCCCAUCCCAGAACUAUCACUGAAAGGACUCAAGGUUGUCACAAGCUCAACGGCAUUGGAUAGUGAGUUUGUUGCGGUAAAUGUCAUUGGAAUUGGUGGGCACUUCGGGCACCUGCUUUUACGUAAGAAUUCUAGCAAAACGCCACCCACCAGAAUCACAAAGGAACUCCCCCAACUGUUGGUGAUGUCCGCCCGAUCUGAAAAUGGUAUCAAUACAAUUUUGGAGCAAACAAAGUCCAUAACAGUCACCAGAGAAUUCGCAGAUUUGUUGAAUGGUGUGUUCAGACAAAAUUUACCCCAGCAUCUGCACAGGGGAUACAAAAUCGUAUCAUCGGACGCCGCUAAAGACCGAGCCAAAUCUGAGAGGACAGAUAGUCCUCGGAGACCGAUAUGGUGGGUGUUCAGCGGAAUGGGCUCGCAAUUCAAUGGCAUGGGGAUCCAGCUAAUGCACAUCUCGAUUUUCCGUGACGUCAUCGAAAGAUGUGACAAGGUUCUUGCUCCUUACGGCAUUGACAUCAAGCACAUAUUAACCACCGACGAUGAAAGUAUAUUUGACGAUAUAACCAACUCCUUCGUCGGCAUCACGGCAGUACAGCUCGGGUUGAUUGAAUUGCUGAAAGCCUUGGGAUUAGAGCCGGACCGAAUGAUCGGGCAUUCUUUGGGAGAAUUGGCGUGUGCAAACGCCGACAACUGUAUGACUUUGGAAGAAACUAUUCUGGCAUCAUACAGUCGUGGAAGAGCAUCAAACGAAGCACCUCUCAUCAAAGGGAUGAUGGCUGCCGUAGGAGUAGGAUCAACGGACAUUGCCAAACUCCUACCGGAAUCUAUUGACAUUGCCUGUUUAAACUCGGACACAAGCUGCACCUUGUCGGGCCCUGUGGAAGACGUUGAAAAAUUCGUGGCGGAACUUCAUUCGAAAGGGAUUUUCGCCAAGGCGGUUAAUGUUGGCAACAUUGCAUACCACUCUAGGUACAUACAACCUGCCGGCCCUCUUUUACUGAAGUACUUGCGAGAGGUCCUCCCAGAAAAGAAGAAACUAUCCCGAAAAUGGAUCAGCACAUCCGUGCCCAAAAGUAAAUGGAAUACUGAUCUUGGAUUACAUAGCUCUCCAGAGUACCACACUAACAAUUUACUCAGCCCUGUGCUCUUCGGGCGGGUCCUCAAAUCGGUCCCAAAAGAUGCGAUUCUGAUUGAAAUCGCUCCGCACGGCUUGCUCCAGGCCAUUCUCAAACGGGCGGUCAGGAAUUCAGUCAGCAACGUCCCCCUCACCAACAAAACUUCUCCUGAUGCUCGGAUCUUCCUCCUGGAAGCAAUUGGGCGGUUGCAUAUUCUCGGAUUGGAACCGAACGUCUCAGCACUGUACCCGCCAGUAAUUUAUCCCGUGCCAUCUAGUACACCAACUCUCCAGCCGUUUGUGACGUGGGAUCAUUCACAAAAAUACGGUAAUCUUUGUCAUCUGCCUUUGCAAGCGUCAAAUAUGCUUGACCACUGUGAGCGCGUUACAACGUUGGAAAAUAUCAAAAAAUCUUUGGAAUCUCAUAAAGAUGGUGCCUCUUCAAUCUCACCGCUAUCCUUUUUCUUGGUUGAAAUUUGGAAAAUGUUUGGAGUCACCGACAAGACACGCUAUGCUAAGAUUCCUGUUGCUUUUGAGGAUAUCCAAAUCUACUCGGAACUGAACAUAAAUACGACUGACUCGAGUAAUGUAUACUUAUCAGUCUUGCCGGGAAAAGGGGAUUUUUCCGUGAUGCAGGAGACGAAAAAGACGGAGUCUUCGGUCGAAAGCGAAUUGACGACGCUCAUCUGCGGGAAAAUCCGAGUUUGCGAAAAGGCACCUUCCCUCGGGGGUUUUGCAGAGAAAAUCAGCCAGCAGAUCACGAGCUUGAUCGAAAAAUCCCCAAGCCCUUGCAAAGUGACUGCGGAUUCUUGUGAGCUUCAACUUUGUAACACAGGUGCUUUUGGAGCGAUAAAAUGGAGCUCAAAUUUGGCAGUCAGCCUUAACAGGAUCAUGAGCGUGCAUCGUUUGCAUGAAACCCAUAAAACGGCCAAACCUGUGAAAUUAGCUUCAAUAAGAUUUUUGCAUCUGAACCCGAUGGAAAUCAAAGCCAAUAAGGAAGGUUCAAUGGUCGAAUUUUGCAUGGACAAUCACUUGCGGCGUUUCAAGUGCAACGGCGUUAACUUGGAUUACUUGAAAACAGAAGUUGACGUCAAGGAUGAGCAGUUUGUGGAGAGGAUAAGCUUCGUUCCGUACGGCGAAACCUCUUUCAUGACGGAGGAUGCAUUUCUAGAGGCAUGUCUCCAAGUCAUCCACGAGAACUCCUGGACUCCGAGGACAACCAUGGACAACGCUGUCGUCGUGAAUGUAGUGAAACCAUCACCUGAGCAUGAUACUGAUAGAUUCGUUUGUAUGCUCAAGGAUGCAGCUGAUUCACUUUAUGAUGAACUUAAUAUUGAGCUGAAGUUUAGAGAGCCGACGGAUGAGAUUCCAACCUCAGAGACUCUUUUAUCAGUCAUGUCUGAUGUCAAUGACAACUUGAAACCGAUGUACUUGAAUCAUACUGGGAACACUUUCAUACUCCGUAUUUCCCAUCUUUGGCAAAAGUUUAGUGUACCCAAUGGAUCGAAGGAGAUUUAUGCGGAAAAUCGUGCAGUUAUUUACGAGCAAACUUUCGGCAUAAAGCGACUCACCUUGCUGAAGAAGGUGGGUUCGUUCAAAACUCCGAGUACGUGUCUAGUCACGAAAGACUGGCGUUCAGUUCUAGAGAAACUAAAAUCAGAUGCAACGCGACCCGGAGAUAAAAUUCACCUCGUCAUCGACGGAUCAUCGCUUGCACUUCCACUUUUCCCAAUGAAAGAGGUCUCGAGAGAACUUUUCGAAUAUGACGUCAGGUGUUACCUGGUCUCUCAGUGUAAGAAGUCGGUCCUAACCUCGCUCGAGCGUAUUUACCUGAAACAGAUUGAAAGAGACGUAGCAAUCAAUGUGUUGGUGAAUGGGCGGUGGGGCUGUUAUAGACGGCAGACGAUCCGUGAAACAGCUAUGACUCGCAUUUUCCGUGGAAUGUCACGUAGAAACUCCAAACCAAAGAGCCUUGACGUCCGGUAUAUCAGCCUAGCGGAGACCGACUUCAAAAACUGCAGGGUUGAAAAAACUGUGUUGGAUUAUUCAGCUAUCACAUGCGAAGGAGAUCGUGUGGUAGGCCUUGCCAGUGGUGACGUCAGAACAAGUGAGAUUUCACCAGAUCCUGAACUCCAGUGGAAACUGCCUGUCGGUUUUUCUCUAGAGGGGGGAACCACACUUCCAUAUGCCUUUACAAUGGCAAAUCUCGUAAUGAGAGACCUCCCCGAUCCAGGGGGCGCCAAGAAAACAGUUCUAGUUCAUAGUGGUCAUUCACCCAUCGGGACGACAUGUAUUGCCAUUGCUCUUAGUGAAGGUCACUCAGUUUACACUACUGUUCCAGAUGACACAGCAAAGGAACAAAUCUUGCGGAACUUCCCUCAGAUACCAGAAUCACGGAUAACCGACUACAACAACAAGAACUUCUUCGUUCCGCUGAUGAUCGGGACAGGCGGCCUGGGAGCGGAUCUCAUCAUCAGCGAUCUCCCGCGGGAGCAGAUGAUAGCGUCCUGGCAGUGCAUCGCUCGCAAAGGGUGCUUCGUGAACCUGAACGAGUCAGUCCUGGCGCAUAACGCACCCCUGCCCAUGCGCUACUUCGACGGGAUGACCGCUUUCUACAGCUUCAAGAGCGCCGAUCUCUUGGCGUUCGCCCCCGAGAGGAAGCGACGGCUCCACAAACUGGUCGACGAUUGCCUCAAAACGGGGGGGAUUGUCAAGAUCCCGUAUCGAGCCUUGACGGUGAACGAAACUGACAGUGUCUGUAGUAUAAAUCCUACCCUCGGAGAAAAACUGGUGUUGAAAUUGUUUACCGGUGAGAAACUCAACGAAGACAAAGAACGCUUGAUAGAAAAGUCUGAUUCACAGGAUGACAAAGGGUCUUCGGUCAUUUUCUGUUCAACCAUCCAUGAGACGAGCAGCUUGGUCCAAUGGUUAAUUCAACAAGGUACUAAAAAACUCACGAUCAUAACACUGCAUUCGAACGGUCGCUUGGACAUACCCACAGGCAUUAAGGACUUCUUGCGAAAACAUAAUGUUAUAGUUUCAAUUAUACCAGGAGAGAAAGUUCUGCCACAAAAUGAAUCGGGAGAAAUGUUGCGGAAACUUUUGAUGACUGAGAGAUUUGCCUCAAUUUUCACUGUCUUCUUGGGACAAAACACCACCGUCCUUAACUACAUCAAACAAGCCAUGGAGGAAAUGGAUCAGCAAAUUCCCAUCGUUAAUAUAGAUGGUGAGCCUGGAGUUGGUGCGGUCCCUUCAGGAGUAAUUUCGUUGGUAGUUAAUGAAACUCCUAAUUAUGGAAUGGCUCUUGACCACGCAAUGCUGAGUUCCGACACUUCCUCUGUAUACGUCGUUUCUAACAGGUCAAGACCUCGAAUCAAAAAUCAUACAGAAUCUACUGGGGUUCAAACGGAAAGUAUUACGAACUUCCUUCCCUCUUCUGUGAGAGACAUGGAGGAAAUGGGAAGAGUUUUGGCAUCAAGAGACGCCACCUGCAAUGCUCAAACUGUGGCUAAAUUCAUUCCGACCACAACCCGGGCCCCGCUUCUAUCAAGUAAAUUGCACGCAGACAUUCAGCCUUUGUUCAUCAUCCCAGCUUUCUGCGAAACAGAACUGAGGCCCCUGAUCUCUAAACUCAUGUACCCGUGUUUCGUGGCUCAAAUAAACCCGGAUGCAAAAUCUGUCAAUCAGAUAGCUUCAAGCCUCCUUAAGUCGAUGACGGAAAUCCAAAAAAGUGGGCCCUAUUCAUUGGUGGCCGAGUCGUGGAAUGGUGGAUUAGGGGUGGUCCUCUCACGACUAUUCUCUGAAAUAAACCAAGAGGUCACAUUGUUCCUUCUCCAAGGGUUGCCCGACCGAAUGCAAAGGCUGCUUCCUGCGGAGAGCACUCAAUCCUCUAUCGACCAGUUCCUAGCCAAAGUUCUGUUUCGGGAACUGAAUCAGUCCGACGACAAACUUACGGACACCCGCACUGCCAUAAAUUUAUUACCAGACGACUACAACAAAAUUCAUGUACGGAGAGCUGUUAGAACUAUUCAGAAAACUUUGCGGUUUUCGAUGGAUUACGGAUCCGUAAAUACGCUACAGAGUGAGCUGUUCGUAUUCGAGAUGGCGCAAACGAACAGUCAGUUAACUGACUCAGAUAUCCAACAAAUGUCUGAGAAAACCACGAAAGUCGUUCGCUCAGACAGGAGAACGUUCAAAAAAAUGCUGGCGGACCCUCUCGUGCACUCAACAAUCAACGAAGAAACUCCAUUCCGGUGGAGCUCCCAGUGAUCCGACUCAACGUCAUACCUCGUUUUUGGAACCAUCUCAGUUAUUAAUAUAAUAAGUUAUUCGUUUCGUUUAAAUUUAAGAAUUCCAGCACGACAUUUAAAAUGAGAAUAGCCUAUCGUUAGUGAGACUAGAAAAACCAUUAAUUAUGGUGUGCGAUUUUGCAGACUUCCUGUUGUACAUACUUUACUCUUCCGGGUUGAACAUUUGUCCCCGUUGUUAUAUGAAAUUUAGAGAGAUUUUUCCUAAUACUCGUGGAAAUAUUCUUAGAAAAUUUCAUUCUUGUGAAAAAAUGAAGUAUACGAACAGGAAUGUCUAGACCGCGCAAUCUGAAUCCAUAUCCGUGUAUUUUUAGUGUCAUCAUCGAUGUACUGUCAUUUAUUCUGUAUAGAAAUACGACUUUUGUAAAGUUUUUUUUUAUUAAAAAAGGAAGAAAUAAUUGAUAUUUUUACUGAUUAAAUUUUCUUAAAAACA